AUGUCUCAGGACUCUUUGAAGGAUGCUGGCUAUGACCAAGUGGUCGAAGUCAAUGAGGCGAUUCUUUCUGCAGUCUUGGCCCGGCGAGGCAACCGGGCGCUCGUCACGGGCCGUUAUACCAGCAGCAGGCACCUGGAGCACGAUUAUCAUUUCGAUGGCAAGGUCAUCGGAAGUGGCCUUAGUGGCCCCGUGCGGCUGGCCACUGGCAAGGCCGAUGGCUGCAAAUAUGCCAUCAAGAGCUUUAAGAAGAAGGGCAUGUCCUCUCGGAAGCGGGCUGAGCUCAAGAGCGAGGCGGAGGUCUACCUUACCUUGGAUCAUCCGCACGUGGCCAAGCUGGAGAUGAUCUACGAGACGGACGAGGAGAUGCACUUUGUGAUGGAGUACAUGUCUGGCGGGGAGCUCUACAAGCGGCUCUCCAACCGCAAGCGCUACUCCGAGGAGGCUGCAGCCCUCUGCAUUCGCCAGGUCCUCCUAGCCGUGGCCUACUUGCAUGCGCAUGAGGUUGUGCACCGGGAUUUGAAACUGGAGAACUUCCUCUAUGAGAGCGAGGACUCGGAGCAUCUGAAGAUCAUCGACUUUGGCUUUGCAAAGCAUUGGAGAUCCAAUCGCUGCACCAUGGGACAGAGCUGCAACUUUGCUCACUCGGCCGCCGAACUCCGUGCUCAACCGGAUUUGGUUGCUACGAAGCUUUGCUUUCAGUUCAUGUCCAAGGGCCGUUGCAAAAAGGGAGAUGAAUGCACUUUUGCUCAUGGAAGGAAGGAGCUACGCCAAGCGCCACCCGAAGAGGUGCCAGUGGUGGAACGGCCAACCCUCAAGCCGAUGAAGGUCAAUCUUCCGAUGCCAGCAGGAACAGGACUCAAAGCGGUGGUGUCACAACUGGAAGAAUUGACCUUUGAUGCCCUAAACCCUUUCAGCCCAAUGCCUGAUGCGCUCAGUGCCUUUGAUGUCCUCAGUGCCUUCCACCCUCCUCCCGGACUGAUGCCCCCUCCAGGUCUGGGUGGCUAUGACUCUUAUGUGGGUGGUGGAACCGGGUCCAUCCCGUCUGAGCACAUUUUUGCGGAAAAAUUGGUCAGCCCAGCAUCAACCUCAUUCCCAUGCAGUCCUCGCAUCGACGACAUGUACGGAAGCGAGCCUCUGAGCGACAUCUAUGGAAGUGAGCCUCUGAGUCCCGCGAGUGAGGUCUUUCGUCUCUGA